GUAGUCCCGCGCGCUCCGCUCCCCGCCCGCUGGGCUCUUGCGCCUUCUAGCUUUGGAGAGCCCACUUUGAUCCAGGCCACCAUUUCUACUGAGCACCUCUCUUCUGUCUCCUAGUCUCCCCCUGGAAUCGGAUUUGCAGAGGGGGGUCAGUAGAAUCGGAGCACUCCCUUUUCCGCCCAACCAGCUCCUGCUGCAUCUUUACGCCGUUAGGAGCCCCAGCUCUUUUACCGACAAGUUGAUCUUUCUGAGACAGACGACGCGUGAUCUCCUCCUCGGAGCUUUGGGGUCUCCUUGUAGCCUUGGCCUGGCCGAUUGAUCUUCAGGACCUAAAGUUGCCCGAGGAGCGCCUGCCCUGCUGGAGGAGGGUGGAGGGGAGGUGGGAGGCGCAUACCUGUGUCAGCUCUAUUGCCGUGAAUAUUAUUAUUGUUACUACCAUAUUAUUUUGUGUACAUUUAUCUGGACACUCUGGGUUCCUAGCCCCGUGCCAGAUACUGGGCCUCAGACACAGCGCGAUUCGCGCGGAGCAACGAGCUAAAGAAGAACCCCCCGCGCCGGCGAGCGAGGAGGCGGCGGGGGAAGAUGCACGGCGUCGGCUGGCAGACGCUGUCCCUGUGGAUGGGGUUAGUGCUGGUGAUCCUAAACGAGGUGGCGACGCAGGCGUGCCCAGCACAGUGCUCCUGCUCGGGCAGCACAGUGGACUGUCACGGGCUGGCGCUGCGCAGCGUGCCCAGGAAUAUCCCCCGCAACACUGAGAGACUGGAUUUGAAUGGAAAUAACAUCACACGGAUUACCAAGACAGAUUUUGCUGGUCUUCGACACCUAAGAGUUCUUCAGCUUAUGGAGAAUAAGAUUAGCACCAUUGAAAGAGGAGCAUUCCAGGAUCUUAAAGAGCUGGAGAGACUGCGUUUAAACAGAAAUCACCUUCAGCUGUUUCCUGAGUUGCUGUUUCUUGGGACUUCGAAGCUGUACAGACUUGAUCUUAGUGAAAACCAAAUUCAGGCAAUUCCAAGGAAGGCUUUCCGUGGGGCAGUUGACAUUAAAAAUCUGCAACUGGAUUACAACCAGAUCAGCUGUAUUGAAGAUGGGGCAUUUAGGGCUCUGCGGGACCUGGAAGUGCUCACUCUCAACAAUAACAACAUUACUAGACUUUCUGUGGCAAGUUUCAACCACAUGCCUAAACUUAGGACUUUUCGACUGCACUCAAACAAUCUCUACUGCGACUGCCACCUGGCCUGGCUGUCUGACUGGCUACGCCAGAGGCCCCGGGUGGGUCUCUACACUCAGUGUAUGGGACCCUCCCACCUGCGGGGCCAUAACGUAGCUGAGGUGCAAAAACGCGAAUUUGUCUGCAGUGAUGAGGAAGAAGGUCAGCAGUCCUUCAUGGCUCCUUCUUGCAGUGUUCUGCACUGUCCAGCUGCUUGUACGUGUAGCAACAAUAUCGUAGACUGUCGUGGGAAAGGUCUCACUGAGAUUCCCACGAAUCUGCCAGAGACCAUCACAGAAAUACGUUUGGAACAGAACUCAAUCAAGGUCAUCCCUCCUGGAGCUUUCUCACCAUAUAAAAAGCUUAGAAGAAUUGACCUGAGCAAUAAUCAGAUCUCUGAACUAGCACCAGAUGCUUUCCAAGGACUACGCUCUCUGAAUUCCCUUGUUCUCUAUGGAAAUAAAAUCACAGAACUCCCAAAAAGUUUAUUCGAAGGACUGUUUUCCUUACAGUUACUAUUAUUGAAUGCCAACAAGAUAAACUGCCUUCGGGUAGAUGCUUUUCAGGAUCUGCACAACUUGAACCUUCUCUCCUUGUACGACAACAAGCUUCAGACCAUUGCCAAGGGGACUUUUUCACCUCUCCGGGCCAUUCAAACCAUGCAUUUGGCCCAGAACCCCUUUAUUUGUGAUUGCCAUCUCAAGUGGCUGGCGGAUUAUCUCCAUACCAACCCAAUUGAGACCAGUGGUGCCCGCUGCACCAGCCCCCGGCGUCUGGCAAACAAAAGAAUUGGACAAAUCAAAAGCAAGAAAUUCCGUUGUUCAGCUAAAGAACAGUAUUUCAUUCCAGGCACAGAAGAUUAUCGAUCAAAAUUAAGUGGGGACUGCUUUGCAGAUUUGGCUUGCCCUGAAAAGUGCCGCUGUGAAGGAACCACAGUAGAUUGCUCCAAUCAAAAACUCAUCAAAAUCCCCGACCACAUUCCCCAGUAUACUGCAGAGCUGCGUCUCAAUAAUAAUGAAUUCACGGUGUUGGAAGCUACAGGAAUCUUCAAGAAACUUCCACAGUUACGUAAAAUAAACUUUAGCAACAAUAAGAUUACAGACAUUGAAGAAGGAGCAUUUGAAGGAGCAUCUGGUGUCAAUGAAAUACUCCUCACAAGUAAUCGUUUGGAAAAUGUUCAGCAUAAGAUGUUCAAGGGAUUAGAAAGCCUGAAAACUUUGAUGUUGAGAAGUAAUCGCAUAAGCUGUGUUGGCAAUGACAGUUUCAUAGGACUGAGUUCUGUGCGUUUGCUUUCUUUGUAUGAUAAUCAAAUUACUACCAUCGCGCCAGGGGCGUUUGACACUCUCCAUUCUUUAUCUACUCUAAACCUGUUGGCCAAUCCUUUUAACUGCAACUGCUACCUGGCUUGGCUGGGUGAAUGGCUCAGGAAGAAAAGAAUUGUAACCGGAAAUCCUCGCUGUCAGAAGCCGUACUUCCUCAAAGAGAUCCCCAUCCAGGAUGUCGCCAUCCAAGACUUCACGUGUGACGAUGGCAAUGAUGACAGCAGCUGUUCCCCACUCUCCCGCUGCCCCACGGAAUGCUCGUGCUUGGAUACAGUCGUCCGAUGUAGUAACAAGGCCUUAAAGGUCUUGCCCAAAGGAAUUCCCAGAGACGUCACUGAACUGUAUCUGGAUGGGAACCAAUUUACAUUAGUGCCUAAGGAGCUCUAUAACUACAAACAUUUAACACUUAUUGACUUAAGUAACAACCGAAUAAGCACCCUUUCUAAUCAGAGCUUCAGCAACAUGACCCAGCUCCUUACCUUAAUUCUCAGUUACAACCGUUUGAGGUGUAUUCCUCCUCGAACCUUCGAUGGAUUGAAGUCUCUCCGAUUACUUUCAUUGCAUGGAAAUGACAUUUCUGUUGUGCCUGAAGGUGCUUUCAGUGAUCUUUCUGCAUUAUCACACCUAGCAAUUGGAGCCAAUCCUCUUUACUGUGAUUGUAACAUGCAGUGGUUAUCGGACUGGGUAAAGUCAGAAUACAAAGAACCCGGAAUUGCUCGCUGUGCCGGUCCUGGAGAAAUGGCAGAUAAAUUGUUACUCACGACUCCUUCCAAAAAAUUUACAUGCGAAGGUCCUGUGGAUGUCAGUAUUCUAGCUAAAUGUAAUCCCUGCUUAUCAAACCCAUGUAAAAACGAUGGCACCUGUAACAAUGAUCCAGUUGACUUUUAUCGCUGUACUUGUCCCUAUGGCUUCAAGGGGCAGGACUGUGAUGUCCCAAUCCAUGCAUGCAUCAGUAACCCAUGUCAACACGGAGGAACUUGCCACUUAAAGGAAGGGGAAAAAGAUGGAUUCUGGUGUAUUUGUGCUGAUGGAUUUGAAGGAGAAAAUUGCGAAGUCAAUGUUGACGACUGUGAAGAUAAUGACUGUGAAAAUAACUCUACGUGUGUCGAUGGAAUUAAUAACUACACGUGCCUUUGUCCACCUGAAUACACAGGCGAGUUGUGUGAGGAGAAGCUGGACUUCUGUGCCCAGGACCUAAAUCCCUGCCAGCAUGACUCCAAGUGCAUCCUGAUGCCAAAGGGAUUCAAGUGCGACUGCACACCAGGGUACGUGGGCGAACACUGCGACAUUGACUUUGACGACUGCCAAGAUCAUAAGUGUAAAAACGGGGCCCACUGCACAGAUGCAGUGAACGGCUACACGUGCAUUUGCCCUGAAGGUUACAGCGGCUUGUUCUGUGAAUUUUCUCCACCCAUGGUCCUCCCACGAACCAGCCCCUGUGAUAACUUUGAUUGUCAGAAUGGAGCUCAGUGCAUCAUCAGGAUAAACGAGCCCAUCUGCCAGUGUUUGCCGGGUUACCAGGGAGAGAAGUGUGAAAAGCUGGUCAGCGUGAAUUUUGUCAACAAAGAGUCUUAUCUUCAAAUUCCUUCAGCCAAGGUCCGGCCUCAAACGAACAUCACCCUACAGAUUGCCACAGAUGAAGACAGCGGGAUCCUCCUGUAUAAGGGUGACAAGGACCAUAUUGCCGUUGAACUGUACCGGGGACGGGUCCGUGCUAGCUACGACACCGGCUCGCACCCGGCUUCUGCCAUUUACAGUGUGGAGACGAUCAAUGAUGGAAACUUUCACAUUGUGGAGCUACUUGCCCUGGACCAGAGUCUCUCCCUCUCCGUGGAUGGAGGGAGUCCCAAAAUCAUCACCAACUUAUCAAAGCAGUCCACUCUGAAUUUUGACUCUCCCCUCUAUGUAGGAGGCAUGCCCGGCAAGAACAACGUGGCUGCGGCCCUGCGCCAGGCCCCCGGGCAGAACGGCACCAGCUUCCAUGGCUGCCUCCGCAACCUUUACAUCAACAGCGAGCUGCAGGACUUUCGCAAGGUGCCCAUGCAGACCGGCAUUCUGCCCGGCUGUGAGCCAUGCCACAAGAAGGUGUGCGCCCACGGCACAUGCCAGCCCAGCAGCCAGUCAGGCUUCACCUGUGAAUGUGAGGAAGGCUGGACUGGGCCCCUGUGUGACCAGAGGACCAAUGACCCCUGUCUUGGAAAUAAAUGUGUGCACGGCACCUGCUUGCCCAUCAAUGCGUUCUCCUACAGCUGUAAGUGUCUGGAGGGCCAUGGGGGCGUCCUCUGUGAUGAAGAGGAGGAUCUGUUUAACCCCUGCCAGGCGAUCAAGUGCAAGCAUGGGAAAUGCAGGCUCUCGGGACUGGGGCAGCCCUACUGUGAAUGCAGCAGUGGAUACACUGGGGACAGCUGCGAUCGAGAAAUCUCUUGCCGAGGGGAGCGGAUACGAGAUUAUUACCAAAAGCAGCAAGGCUAUGCCGCUUGCCAGACGACCAAGAAGGUGUCCAGGUUGGAAUGCAGAGGCGGGUGUGCGGGAGGGCAGUGCUGCGGACCUCUGAGGAGCAAGCGACGGAAAUACUCUUUCGAAUGCACUGAUGGGUCUUCGUUUGUGGACGAGGUCGAGAAGGUGGUGAAGUGUGGCUGUUCCAGGUGCGCCUCCUAAACGCGUCCCUGGCGGCUUGUGUCUUCGGGAGUGUUGUCUACUUCUCGACCACGGUGGACUCAUUAAUGCUUCAUAGUGGAAAUAUUUGAAAUAUAUUGUAAAAUACAAAACAGACUUAUUUUUAUUAUGAGAAUAAAGACUUUUUUUUCUGCAUUCGGGAAAAAAAAAAUGCUUCAUACUAAUGCUUCCCAGAUGCGAGAGAAGUAGGAAGAGAUACCCGGAGCCCUCGGCACACGGAGGGGAAGUGCUGCGACUCAAAUUCAUCUUUGCAACAUGCUGAAGACAAGCAGAAGCACAGAGACGAGGGAGAGCCAAGCUACUGUGUGCUGUCGUGACAUCAUCACCCAGCCCCUAACCCCCGCCCCCCCACUCCCCCCACCUCUCCACCCCUGGGCCCUCAUUCCCAUCUCUUCGGUUCCCGGUUCCCGAGGACACACCAGGCACCUGUGUGUGGUUGAGGAUGCGAGGCGGAGGAGUGGAACGCGAGAAUUCACAGAAAACACAGUUGAGGCAUAUUUGGUGCAAAACAGUGUCUUGAAGACCUGGAUUCUAGUCAUGAGAGGGAUGGGAAAGCUAACGUAACAUGUAUCUUCUUUUUAAACUUCAGCAUGUUAACAGAAGAAGCACACAAAAGUGUUUAUCUACCGUUUUCCAGUAUUAAUUUUUUGUAAUAUAAAUGAUAAAGGAGAUGAUAAAGAACCAAUAGAUUAUUGAUAAAUAAAUUAGUAAUAAUAUGAAUUUUUGUUUCUAUGAGUUCUAAACAGCCCUAUACAGUAUUCAGUUCCAAUGAGAAAUAUUUAUUGUAUCAAAGGACAUUGUACUUAACAUUUUAGGCCAUUCUUUUACUGUUUCUCAAUGCUUUAAUAUAUAUUAAUUUAUAAUUGUCCUGAUAUUUUUGUAUAUUUUUCAAACUUAAAAAUCAGGAUUUGGGGGAGGGGGUUUGGGUUUUUUGUUUGUUUGUUUUUUUGUUUUGUUUUUGGCAAUAGUACUAACAUAGGGUGUUAUCUUGGGAUAAAUAUGUGUUGAUCGGUUUGUUUACCUUGACAUCUGACCACUGGUGUCACUGACCUACUGGCCUCAUUCAGGACACCUGCAGAGAGUAUGUAAAGUCUGUGUGUGAGACAUUCAUUGUAUAGAAAGAAGGGUCCAGUCCCUCUGCAACAUGUCCUCCCAGAACAGAAAUGGUGUGUAGCAAUCGACACUAGAAAAGUAGGUAUUUUACAAAUUAAUAUUUCCUUGACAUUUUUUGCCCUUUUAUUGGGGGCGGGGUGGGGAGAGAAAAGACUGUAAUGUCAAGAACUGUGAUUUUUUUUUCCCAAACAAUAAAGCUCCUUUAUUACCUUAAUGUUCCUAUGUUAACAUGUUUGCUGCUAAAUUACAAUGUAGAAUUGAUAAUGACUUAUAGUGGACUGUGCUCGUCCCUUAUUAAAAUCCCAGGGUACCCUGUGAAAAUGCAGAUGUUCCUUUCCAAAAACUUUUUUUUUUACACAGAAAAUUAGAUGUACAUGUAUAAUUCAGUGUGCUUUGUCUUUCUCCAGACUAAUAUCAGUUAUACUACUGAUGUUUGUAAAUUAAACAGAUAUUUACUUCACUAA